AUGGACGGAAAAGGUGGCAGUGGUGGUGGAGUCCAAGGUGGCAGUGGUGGUGUUGGCGUCCAAGGUGGUGGAGGAAGUGGAGCAAAAGGCAGUGGUGGAGCAGGGUCAGGAGGAAUGAUGAAGGCUCCUGGUGGUGAUGGGUCGUACAUAUCAAGGGAUGGGUUUGAGAGCAACCCUCAGGGCUACUUUUCUGGUCAGCAUGCUGGUGAAAAGGCCAGUGGUGGUGGUCGUGGUGGUGGCGGCGUCCAAGGUGGUGGAGGAAGUGGAGCAAAAGGAAGCGGCGGCAGCGGUGGUGGUGCAGGGUCAGGAGGAAUGAUGAAGGCUCCUGGUGGUGAUGGGUCAUACAUAUCAAGGGAUGGGUUUGAGAGCAACCCUCAGGGCUACUUUUCUGGUCUGCAUGCUGGUGAAAAGGCCAAUAAAUAA